AAACGUUAAGUUCAACAAAUAUGGAUGAUGGGGUUCAUUGUGAUAAUCUUAUGGUACGGUACACAACCGAUGUUAUUGGAAGUGUUGCAUUCGGUUUAAAAUGUAACAGUUUAAAGGAACCAAAUUGCGAAUUUAGAGAAAUUGGUGAAAAACUUUGCUAUUAUAGGUACAGUAUGCCUAUUGUGUCAUUAAUGAAUUUAUUUCCAAAUUUGUUUCGAAAACUAGGAUUUAAAAUUAUUAUUGAAGAAGUUUCUCAAUUCUUUUUUCGAGUUGUUCGUGAAGCUGUGGAUUAUCGAGAUCGAACUGGUGAACAACGGAAAGAUUAUCUUAACAUUCUCAUGGAGUUAAGAAAACUAAAUACAGCAGAUAAUUUAACAAUGGAUGAAAUAACUGCACAAGCAUUUGUAUUCUUUGUAGGAGGUUUUGAAACAAGUGCUAGUGUACUUAGUUUUUGCUUAUAUGAAUUGGCAUUAAAUCAAAACAUACAGGAGAAGGCCAGAAGAGAAAUAAAUGAAAUCAUUGCUCAGCAUGAUGGAAAGCCAACCUAUGAAGCAGUAAAGGAAAUGAAAUAUCUACUUCAAGUUAUGUAUGAAACUAUUCGUAUGUAUUCAGUAGUUCCGGGUCUUGUCCGCAAAACCGCAGAAGACUAUAUUGUAUCUAAUACAAAUUAUGUUAUUGAAAAAGGAACUACUGUGAUUAUACCAUUGGAUGCCAUACACUAUGAUCCAGAUAUAUAUCCAAAUCCUGAACAAUUUGAUCCAGAACGAUUUACAAAGACAGAAGUCGAAAAUCGUCAUCCAAUGGCGUGGUUGGGGUUUGGCAGAGGAGGUCGAGCAUGUAUUGGUUAUAGAUUCGCGGAAGUGCAGGUGUUGAUUGGAUUAUCUUUAUUACUUAAAAAUUUUCGAUUUUCGCCCACACAGAAGACCCAGAUACCAAUGAAGUUUAAUAUGUACAAAUUGUUUCGAGGUCCUGAAAAGGGAGUUUAUUUGAAAGUGGAGAAAUUAUGAAUAAUAUUUUAAAUACGGAUAACAUUUCUUUUAAAAAGUUG